AUGAACUUCCCUUUGAUAACAGCUUUAAUUCUCUGCAGCCUCAGCUGGAUCUCUGUCUCUGUUUCUGAGACUCAGACUGUGGAGGUCCAGCUUGGUGAAGAGGUCACACUGUCGUGCUCUAAGACGUCCCCAUCUGACUCUUUGACGUUAUGGUUCAGAGUGAUCAACAGAACCGAGGCCAGAUGUGUCUCCACUAUGAGCAGCUCUAACAGUGAUCCUUUCUACUGUGAUGGAUUUAAAAAAGAAAAAUUUAACAUGAGCUCCAACAUCUCCACUGUCUCUCUCAAAAUGAAGACAGUGGAUAUUUCUGACUCUGGGUUGUAUUUCUGUGGAUUUUACAUAGAGGGACGGGUGAAUUUCAGAGUGAUACAUUUAAAUGUUGAAGGCAGUGACGAAUCGCAUGAUGACGUUGACAGAAAGUCUAAAAAGUCAAUAACAAAGCUGAUGAGUGUGAUCCUGGGCGGUCUGACUGUUUUCCUAGUAAUGGUCAUCAUCUGUCUGGUUGUUAAAAUUGGGAAACUUCAGAAAGCUGCCAGUGUAGAAGAGAAUCCACAACAGCAUGCGAACCUGGGCUCUGAUGACCUGAACUACGCAGCAGUGAAUUUCAGUGCAAAAGCAAGAAGAAGAGAAGUGGAGCCCAAUGUUGUGUAUUCUGCUACUAGAUAG